CGAAUCGAUCAGUUUGUCGAGAAAUGAUCGUUAAGGAGAAAGGUGGCGGUGGCGCCGGUGAUAAGAAGAUGCUUGUUGGGGUGGUCUGGAACUGUGCGCCGGAGCUGAAGCUUCUCCUCACCGCUCUCCUCAUUCUCUUCUCUAUUAUCACAAUUCUCCAGUUUAUCCCCGCCCGUUUCACCAUCUCUGCAGCCACGAAUCUCGGGAGCUGUUUACCUGCGCCGUCCCCAAUUGCCACUCCGAUCUCCUCUCCUGCUUCUCCGGCUACGAAGAACUUCUCUGCGGUGGAGCGAGACCGUGUGCUUGAAAACGGCGUCGUUAAACGGGGGUUCAGAGGAUUUGGCUCCGCCGCUUACAACUUCGUUCUCAUGUCGGCUUACCGAGGCGGUUACAACACCUUCGCCGUGACGGGACUGGCUUCAAAACCGCUGCACGUUUUCGGGAAGCCCAGUUACGUCUGCGAGUGGGUCCCGGCGGAUGUUUCGCGGGAUUCCGUUUCCGUCGCCGGCGAGAAAAUCCUGCCGGAUUGGGGGUACGGCCGGGUGUACACGGCGGUGGUCGUGAACUGCACGUUCCCGGUUCCCGUCGGCGAUGCUGACGCCGGGGGAAAGCUCCUAAUCCACGCCGCCACCAACGGCGCCGGCGACACCCGCUUCAACGUAACCGACACGUUCAUUGCCAUGACCGAGACGCCGCAGGAUUUCGCCGCUUUCACUUCUGUGUUCUCAUCGUCUAAGCCCAACUACGACUACCUCUACUGCGGCUCAUCUCUGUACGGCGAUUUGAGCCCUCAGAGGGUACGAGAAUGGGUGGCGUACCACGUCCGAUUGAUGGGCAAGAAAUCCCAUUUUGUGUUCUACGACGCCGGCGGCGUACACCCCGCCAUGAUGGAGGUGCUCCGGCCGUGGAUGGAGAAGGGAUACGUGACAUUACAGGACGUGAAGGAGCAGGAGAGGUUCGAUGGCUAUUACCACAACCAAUUCUUGAUUUUGAACGACUGCUUGCAUAGGUACAGAUUCCAGGCGAAAUGGAUGUUCUUCUUUGAUGUGGAUGAGUUCAUCUUCGUCCCCAAGAAGAACACUCUCAAGUCAGUGCUCGAUUCCUUCUCUGCCUACACCCAAUUCACCAUUGAACAAAUGCCCAUGUCUAACAACCUCUGUCUCCGUGAAGAUUCCGGCAAAACACUCAGGAAAUGGGGGUUUGAGAAGCUAGUGUACAGAGAUGUGAAAAGAGGGAUUCGGAGGGACAGGAAGUACGCGGUGCAGCCGCGCAACGUGGUGGCGACGGGGGUGCACAUGUCGCAGAACACGGUGGGGAAGACGACGCACAAGACGGAGGGGCGCAUCAUGUACUUCCAUUACCACGGCACCAUCGCUGAACGCCGCGAGCCCUGCCGCCACCUAGUCAAUGCCACGGCCCUCACCGUCGACAACGUCCCCUACGUGAUGGACACCACAAUGCGAGGAAUCGCAGGCAGUGUCAAGAGAUUCGAACUCAAGACCAUUGGUUCUGUGUUACAAAACACACGCCAAUAACCAUAUAAAACAAUGCUUUUUGCACAGGCUAAGCCAUUGUCUCAUCUAACGUGUGCAACUAGCAUCAUAUCAUAUUGGUCUUAAUUAUAUAUAUAUAUAUACAUUUGUAUCUAUCCCCCUUUUUCCCCAUGAUUUUCAGUUUUCCACCAUGAGUAUAUAUAUAUAUAUAUAUAUAUAUACAAUUGUUCAUGAACGUAUGAAAGUUCUUGUAUCUUGUCUUGUUAUAAUGCAAACAGCGGAUCGGAUGUCACA